AUGCACAACUUGAACCCUCUAAGUUACACGCCCGAGACAGCAGAGAACGAAAUCCGCAGUUCCGUUGUCGCAACAGUUCACUUCGUGGCUCAUACCGUCGUUGAAGGCGGCGGAAAUCAUUGGGACAUCUUCCUACAAACUGCUCCGAGAAAAUCAAUCCGCUUGGAAAUCGUACCUGGCGCGUAUCCCGGCCGCGUAGGCUUCCUCGGCCGUCUCGAUAUCAUCCGUCAUCCAUACGGCAUCACACGUCACUCGAACAAGACGGUCAGCAUACCUGCGCAGCCUGGCCACACUGUAGGCCAGUUCUUGGAUGCAAUUGUUCGGGCUGAUAAUCACCGUUAUGAGUUCACUCAGUCAGGGAGGGGUUGCGGUGGCUGGGUGCGAGACCAAUUCUAUCUUUUUGUGCAAUGUGGAUUGAUUCCUCCUGGAUGGGAGGCCGAAUUUGAGGCUACUAUCAACGUGUUUUGGGUGAAGAAUCAGUCUCGGGGACCUUGGCCGUUGACCUAUGGCACUUAUUUGAGAACUAGAAAUAAUGGCCGCAAGGGGAAGCAGAAGAAGAAGAAGAAGAGGUAG